UCUACCACUCCCCCACCCCCACAGGAGUCAUGUAAGGAUGCCUUAAGAAGAUAACUAUGGACAAAUAUAUUAAAGUGCGAAAGAUUGGAGAAGGAUCCUUCGGGAAAGCAAUUCUUGUCAAAGCUAAAGAAAAUGGCCAACAGUAUGUUAUUAAAGAAAUAAACAUCUCUAAGAUGUCAAGUAAGGAGAGAGAAGAGUCAAGAAGAGAAGUUGCUGUAUUGGCGAAUAUGAAACAUCCGAACAUUGUCCUGUAUAGAGAGUCAUUUGAAGAAAAUGGCUGUCUUUACAUAGUGAUGGAUUACUGUGAAGGAGGAGACUUGUUUAAAAAAAUAAAUGCCCAGAAAGGAAUCUUAUUCCCUGAAGAUCAGAUUCUGGAUUGGUUUGUACAGAUCUGUUUAGCAUUAAAACACAUACAUGAUAGAAAAAUCUUGCAUCGAGACAUAAAGUCACAGAAUAUAUUUUUAACCAAAGAUGGAACAAUACAGCUGGGAGAUUUUGGCAUCGCCAGAGUUCUUAACAGUACUGCAGAGUUGGCUCGCACUUGCAUAGGAACACCAUACUAUUUGUCUCCUGAAAUAUGUCAGAAUAAACCUUACAACAAUAAAAGUGAUAUCUGGGCCCUUGGUUGUGUUCUCUAUGAGAUGUGCACACUUAAACACGCAUUUGAAGCUGGUAACAUGAAGAACUUGGUACUGAAGAUAAUCUCUGGACCUUUUCCUCCUGUGUCUGUGCAUUAUUCCUAUGACCUACGCAAUCUGCUUUCACAGUUAUUUAAGAGGAAUCCUAGGAACAGACCAUCAGUGAACUCCAUAUUGGAGAAAACCUUUAUAGCCAAAAGGGUUGAAAAAUUCCUCACACCACAGCUUAUUGCAGAAGAAUUCAGUCACAAAAUCUUCCAUAAGUUUGGACCACAUGCUGCACCAGCUAAAAGACCAGCUCAAGAACAAACACUGUCUUCAGCUGCACCAGCUCACAAAAUUACCAAACCUGCUGCAAAAUACGGAGUGCCUUUAGCAAUCAGGAAAUCUUCUGAUGCACCUAAAAAGCCUAAUGAGAAGAAGCUAUUGACUAAAUCUAGGCAGGCUUUUCCAUCUCCAGUGAAGAAAAAUAAUCCGGGAGAAGAAAGGAGGAAAAUGUUUGAGGAACCUUCAAAAAAGAAAAGGUUAGAAGUGCCUGAAAAAGAAAAACGUCAGAGAAAUCAGAGUUUACUGAAGGCAGAUGAAAUGAGAAGAUUUGAAAAAGAAAGGAUGGAACGAAUGAACAGAGCCAGGGAACAAGGAUGGAGGAAUGUGACUGGUUCUGGUGGAAGUGGUGAUGUUAAGGCACCGUAUUAUGGUGGUGGAGGUGGUGUCAGUCCUUUUCCUGUGCCUUCCAGAGGACAAUAUGAACACUAUCAUGCUAUUUUUGACCAGAUGCGUCAGCAAAAGGAAAACACUAGACUAGAUGAAGCCAAACUAAACGCAAGAGUACAAGGCCGAGAAGCUGCUCAAAGAGGAAUUCCACAUGGAAUACAUCCAGGAGCUCCUAAGGGGCCUGCAGGUCAUCACCAUUUACCUGAUGCUGAUGCAGUUAGGAAAAAAGUGAAAAGAUUGAAGGAGGUGUCUAAACAAGCCAAUGCAAACAGGCAGAAAGGAUGGAUAGCUGCAGACAGAGCUGUGCAAGUUGAAGAAUUCUGGCAACGAAAGAGAGAAGCCAUGGAAAACAAAGCUCGAGCUCAGGGACACAUGGGUACACUGCAAAACGUGGCAGAUAUCUAUGGAGGCAGGCCCAUUUCUGCAAGGGGAAGGAAAUCCAGAAACAAGGAGGAAGAGGAAUAUUUGGCAAGAUUAAGACAGAUCCGGCUACAAAACUUUAAUGAACGUCAACAGAUUAGAGCAAAACUUCGUGGAGAGAAGAGUGAAGCCACCAGUUCUGAUGGACAAGAAUCAAGUGAGGAAGCAGAACUGAAACGCAAAAAGAUAGAAAUGCAGAAGGCCCAAGUAAAUGCUCGAGCUGCAGUUCUGAAAGAACGGUUAGAUCGAAAGAGAAAGGAAGCAUAUGAAAGAGAGAAGAUAGCGUGGGAAGAACAUAUUCCCUUCUGAAACAGAAGAGAGCAUCUGUCAGUCAGAAUUCUCUUCUGAGAAGCCUUAUCGUAGUUAUAUUUGAAUGAAGAAUUUGGUUCAAGAAUUUAAGAACAUUAAACCAAAGAAUCAUUAGGAUCACCUGAAGUAUGUUACUAAUAAUCUGUAACUUACUGAAGCAUAAAGAUGUUGCAAAGCUGAUAAAUUUUAAACA